AUGUUCCCCGAGCUGAUUCGUGUGGUUGUUUGCGGGGAUGAAGCCGUAGGUAAAUCCUCCUUGAUCAUAUCGUUGAUCAAGGAAAGCAUCCUGGAAUCACCAGUCGGCAAUGUGUUGCCUCCAAUGACGAUAUCUCGCAACGACUACACCGAGAGCUUGGAAGAUCUCCCGCACGUCAAGCGGAAAUCACCACCAAUGGCGUCGUCGCACAGUGGACGAAGAAAAUCGGAAGUCUUGAGGCUACAAGAGUUGGACUCGAAUGAAAUCCUGGAAAGCGUCCCCAACACUACAACCAUAGUCGACACCGUUUCAUCUGACUUGACCAGCUUGCACAAGGAAUUGAAGCGCGCAGACGUGAUAUGGUUGGUCUACUCGGACCACUAUACCUACGAAAGAAUAUCGUUACACUGGAUGCCCAUGCUUCGAUCGCUAGGUGUCAAUUUGCCCGUGAUCUUGUGUGCCAACAAAUCGGAUCUCUCGUCCAAGACCCUGUGGAAAAACCAAAACUCAGAAGAGUUUAUCCCGUUGAUAAACGAGUUCAAGGAAAUUGAGGCUGGCGUGCGCUGCAGUGCUAAAAACAACUACAAUGUCGUGGAGGGUUUUUACUUGUGCCAGCGGGCAGUGACACAUCCCAUCUCGCCGAUUUUCGACGCCAAGGAAGGCAACUUGAAACCAGGAGCAAUUGCCGCGUUGAAAAGAGUGUUUUUCCUAUUCGAUACCGAUCAGGAUGGGUAUUUGAAUUUCGACGAUUUCAACGAACUACAUCGCAAGUGUUUUGGUAAGCCAACGACAAAGGAGGACUUUGACGAUAUCGUGUCUCACAUUGACUCGAAGCUCUAUCGAGAUACCGCGAAGUUGGGCAGUUUUAUCAGCGAGGAUGGCUUCAUCUUGUUGAACAAGUUGUAUGCUGAAUCUGGACGCCACGAGACCAUUUGGUGCAUUUUACGCGCUAAUCACUAUACUAAUUCCUUGUCGUUGAAUGACAAGUUUCUUUUCCCGCAUCUUGAUGUCAAUGCCAAUUCAAGCGUCGAGUUGAGCCCCAUGGGUUACCGGUUUCUUGUUGACCUUUUCAUAAAAUUCGAUAAGGAUAACGACGGAGGUCUUAACGAGGAAGAAUUGAACAAUUUGUUCCGGCCGACCCCCGGUAUCCCCAAGUUGUGGGUUGAAACUAACUUCCCCUCGUCGAUUGUGUGCAAUGAAGAAGGAUACGUGACGUUGCAAGGGUGGCUAGCCCAAUGGAACUUGUCGACCUUGUUGAGUUACAAGACAACGUUGGAGUACUUGGGAUAUUUGGGGUUUGAUGCGGGCAAUUCAGUCAAGGCGUUGAAAGUUACCAAGGCUAGAAAAUCGAGACAAAAGCAAGGCAAGACGUAUCGGACCUCUGUCAACGAUCGAAACAUCUUCAACUGCUUUGUGCUCGGGGCGCCCAAAGCGGGCAAAACCGCGUUGUUGGACCUGUUUUUGCACGGCUCAUUCAGCGAUGUUUAUUCGCCGACGAUCCAACCGCGGCUUGUGAUCAAGGAUAUAGAGCUACGCGGCGGUAAACAAUGCUAUCUAAUCUUGGAGGAGCUCGGAGAGUUGGAGCCCGCGAUCUUGGAGAACAAGAAGCGGCUCGAUGAGUGCGAUGUGAUUUGCUACACUUAUGACUCCUCGGACCCAGAAAGUUUCCAAUAUUUGGUUGAUUUGAGAAGCAAAUAUGCUCAUUUGGAUGAAAUCCCCUCGGUGUUUGUUGCUUUGAAAGCCGAUUUGGAUAAGCAGCAACAGAGGUCCGACGUGCAGCCUGAAAAUUACACUAGAGAUUUGUUCUUGAGCUCGCCCUUGCAUAUAUCUUCAUCAUGGACAUCGUCUCUUCACGAGCUUGUCAUCCAGUUGGUCGACGCGGCAAAGAAGCCCAUCAACGCGACACCUGGUUUAGAGGUUGAUAAAGCUGCUGCCGAUCAGGAAAACUUGAAGCAUAUCAUGAUGGCUGGAGGAGCUUUGGGUGUUAUGGCGCUCGUUUCAAUUUGGAUGUUUAAUGGUAUGAGGCGAUGA